AUGGUUGACCUGUCCGUAGCUGUAUCACUUGGAAUCGGCAACGCCUAUGGUUCUGAGGACUACACAAAAUCAACAGUAGUAGGAGUGCAGUACAGGGAUGUGCUUAUUGGCUAUUGCUUAGUCCAGUCACUUUCUCACCAGCGUCCUGCAGGACAAUUUUCUGAUAUGCAGGGGGAAAGGAGUAUCUUGGAACCCUUUCCUGAAACCAUUGAUCUUAACCAGGUAUCUGGUUCCAAUAAUGCUUCUACGGAUAGGCCAGUUGCUUGGAAUAAUGUUCUAAAUCCAGCGGAAAGCCGGUUGUCCAGUUAUGUUCUUUCUUCAGGGCAUGGGAGCCCUAAUUUUUUAAAUCCUGCAAGCCACAAUGGUCGGACAUUUGGUGGCUGGGAUCCUGGUGAGUCGAGUUCCAGUGCUAAUAUGCAAAGCCAGUUGAAUGGUCAUGAUUUAAAGGUAGGACAAGGUUGGUCUCCUUCAAUAAAUACUUGUGUGGGACCUGAUGGAAGAUCAGCAGACUGGCAAUUUGAACAACCUAAUGUUCUUCAUGAAAGUAGUACAAAUAGCUAUCGUGGCAAUUAUUUUCACAGACCUCUGAGUAUAAACAACUCUGUGUCUACUCGUACUUCUCCGAAUGCUACUGUAAGUGGGGGCUAUCGAAGUAGCAGUCAUGAUAGCUGGCAAGGUAGAGGAUCAGGCAUAUCUCCAAGUUUCUACAGGUCUGGCAUGUCAGAGAUAGACCAGUUUGCUACUUUUGAUGCUGGUUCUAAUGAUGUUGGGACUUCUUCUGGUAAUUCUGGCUAUCUAGUUCGGCAUGAUGAUGGCUCGGGUUCUUCUUCUAGUUCCUGGGGUUUGUCCUGCAAGCGAAAGGUCCUUGAAGGUAAUCCUGGUCAAUCUGGUUCAAGUGGAAGUUUGAGCAUGGAGCCACAAGAUGAAACUAUUGGAAGGCACAACAUUCCUGCUCAUCAUAAUGCUUCUAGCAGCUUAGCUGUGUCUGCAACAUCUACAAACUCACCUAGCGCUAACAAUCAGGGACAGGUAAAUGCAAGAAUUGUGUCUGGGAUGAGAGGAAUGACUUACGAUAGAUUUCCUCCAAGGGUUACUGACAUUGCAGAAAGCUCACAAAGAAAUUUCAGUUUCGGAGUGGAUCUUGGACAUCAGGAACCAGCCCCAUUUGACUUAUCUGCUGCAGCGUCUGAUGUUAGGCAUUCUAAUGCUCACUCUACGAACCACCAAUCAAGACUUAUCUCAGCAACUGAAUCGCCUGAACUGAGAACUCCGUUUUCUCGUCCACUGAAUUUAAACAGUAACCCAAGUCAGUCUCCUUUCAUGCAUGUGCAUGGUUUGGCAAGAAAUAUGCUUCCGAUUUCUUGGAGUGGAUCUCUUAACUCAAGAGGUGGUGCUUCAUCCAGUCCUAUUUUGUUUUCAGGGGAAAGAGGUGCUGCAGUAAGGGAUGAAGCCAAUUUCAGAGGCUCCCUAAGCAACAACCCAGAGCAUCCUAGUUUUGUUGCUGCUCGUGAGAGCAGGCACAUGGUACAAGAACCAACAGCUUGGAGUUUUUCACCUGGAAAUACUGGCUCUUCAAGAAAUGUUCCUUCUAGUUCUCGAUAUACUCCUAAUUCUGGUACAGGACCUCUCCCAACUGUCUGGAUGCCUCAUCAAAAUGUAACAGCACAUAAUCAGCAGAGGUUGUCCGAAUUCCCUCCAUGGACCCUCUUCCCAUCUGUUGAACCUGAUCCUGGAGGCCAGAGAGGCAAUUUUUCAUUCUUGCCUUCAGCCUCUUCUUCCUCAGAGGAGGCUGUGAUGGCAUCUGGAUCUAGUAGCGGGGACCAUAAUCAGCCAUAUUCUAGGUCAUUGUUGAUGGAGGUUUCCAGCGAGGACAUUAAUGGUUGGCGUGCUUUAGCUGCUGGCAUUGAGGGGAGGCACAGGAUCGUGUCUGAGAUUCGUCAAGUGCUGAAUGCGAUGCGGCGGGCAGAGUACUUGCGAGCUGAGGAUUAUAUGAUGUUAGAUCCAUUUGUCAAUGGGGCUGCUGAGUUGCAUGAUAGGCACAGAGACAUGAGGCUGGAUGUUGAUAAUAUGUCCUAUGAGGAGUUGCUUGCCUUGGAGGAACGCAUCGGAAAUGUGAGUACGGGAUUGAGUGAUAAUGCCAUAUUUCAUGCACUGAAACAUCGGAGAUAUCAGUUCAUCACAGAUGAAUCGCCAAACCUUGAGCCAUGCUGCAUAUGUCAGGAGGACUACAUCGCUGGAGACGAUACUGGGACAUUGAAUUGCGGGCACGAGUUUCACACAAACUGCAUUAAACAGUGGUUGACAAUGAAGAAUCUCUGUCCCAUUUGUAAAACAACGGCCUUGGAAACUUGAAACACAAAUUCACCCCUGCUUCCCCCCUGGAUAUUUAUUGGUUCUUCAACUUGAAGAUACAUUUUGUUGUCAUACCAUAAGAAAUCCCUUUUUGUGUUACCUGUGUAAUACUGUACCGGGUGGUUCAAAGGGGGAAAGGAGAUUGGUAUAUUAUAAAACAAGUCUUACUGCAUUUAUGUGAUAAACUUCAUCUAUUCUGAUGAGUA